GUAACUGUACCGAAACGCACGAAUUCAAACAUAAGGACUGGCGCGGAAAAACUGUUUUCUGCUGUCAAAAUCAGUACUUUUGUCUCUCUUUACCUAUGAAUCAAAUUGAUUAAAGGUGAACUACAACCAUAAACCUCAUUCAAAUAUAAUGUAAUAUGGGUGAUUUUAAAGUGCGUUGUGUGAAGGUGUUUGGCCAUCAGGAUACACAGAAAUUGAUUGAAGAGGCUUUCCAGUGUUUAAAAGAUCAGAAAUUGUCACCAGUUUGGUUCAGCGAAGAUGAGUGUUUUACUGUUAAAGAGAAGAAGAAAACUGAAGUGUAUAUAUUUGAUGUGUUCGCUGGUGAUGCUUUUGAACACAUAAGUGGUCUCGGAUCAAGAAUUCUUGGACCAAUGUGUGUUAUUACCUCCCUUGCAUGUAAAAAGGACAUACCCCGUAGAACAAAACCAAUAUACAAUCUUGCCAUGAAGGACAUUACUGUAUGUUGCACAAAUAUUGACAAAGAAAUUAGGGAUGGACUCCAUGGAAAGGUUGAGUUUAUGGGUGGAAAUGUUACAAGGGACCUUACUGACGAGGUGACACACCUUGUUGCUGGCACAGUUGGCAGUCCAAAAUACCAUGUUGCUGGCUCACACAACAAACAAAUUAUGCUACCUAAAUGGGUAGAUGAGGUCUGGAAAAAGUCAAAACUUGAAGCUGUACAUGGCAGUGACGAGCAAUUCCAAGACUAUAAAUGCCCAAUAUUCAAGGGUCAAGUGAUCACAGUAUCAGGUUUGAGCUCUUCAGAGAGAACUGAAGCCAAGAAGCUCAUAGAAAAAGAAGGAGGAGUGUACUCUGGAGAAAUGAAGGCGAAGGAAUGCACACAUCUCAUCACAAAUGAUCCAAAAGGCCAGAAGUAUAAUUUUGCAUUGAAAUGGGAGAUUCAUGUGGUACGUUCAGAGUGGUUGUAUGAGUCGAUAGAGAAGGGGUACUGUCAGGAUGAGAAGAAUUACCCUGUGGACAAUUCAGACAAUGAUAGACGACAUAUGAAAACUUCAACUCCAGAAAGGCGAAGUGUAUUAGGGAUGUCAGUGUUAAAGUAUUCAAAUUUCCGCUUAAUGGUAGUAGCAAGCGAUAUGACAGAUAUUAACAACAUCUCGAUGAUUUCUAUGGCACAAGUGAAUGAAACGGCUUGCACAACAUUUACCCGACUAGAGGAUCCUACAUUAAAUCUAGACGUAACAAGGGCCCCAGAGGACUUGUUCCUAGAUGGCUGCAAGAUUUACUUGAGUGGUUUUAGAGGAGCUACCCUAGAAAAACUUCGGAAAAUCAUCAACAGUGGAGGUGGAACUAGGUUUAAUCAGAUAACAGAUAAUUUAACUCAUGUAGUGAUUGGGGAGAGGAUAAGUAAUGAUAUCGACAUGGUGAAAUCCUUAACUAACAGACCACAUACAGUGACAUCCCAGUGGUUGGUAGAGUGUUUCAAACAAGAGAAAUUGUUGGAUGAGACACCAUACUAUAGUCCUGAAAUUGCUCAGCCCACACCAAAAACACCAGAAAUAAAAGGUGUACGCAAGAAGUCACGUGUACCACAGGAAGAAAUGAAACAAAACACAUCCAAGGGAGAUAACAAAGAGGAGGAGGAUAUGCAUGAUAUAAUGAGCCAGUAUCUGGACAACCAGCAGCCCGAUCCUCCAGAUGUAACUAGGUCCAAUGAAACAACUAUAGCUCCACAGGAAAGAGACGAUGAUCUGACACAGGACCCAAACAGCACUGCAGUAAGUGAAGGUGGAAUAUUUUUGGGGAAAAGCUUUGUGUUUUAUGGUUUCAAUGAAGAUAGCAUUCCAGUACUGUCCUCUUUCAUCAAAGAAAAUGGAGGGACUGUGUUGCAGAGUAAUGCACGUAGAAUACCUGACUAUGCCAUUGUGCCAAUCGAUGGUUUCCCAGUAGAUAGAACGGUUAAAGAUAUUGUAACUAAUGCCUGGCUGCAAAUGUGUAUAGAGCAGAAUGUUCUACUGGAUGUACACAAAAACCCAUUAUUUGCGCCUAUUGAGCUCAAUGUGGAAACCCUACCUCUCAAAGACUGUGUUUUAUCUGUCAGUGGUUAUCUGGGAACAGAGAGAGAUUGUCUAGUCAGUAUAGCGGAUGUGCUUGGUGCGAAGACACAAGAUUACUUUGUUCGUCAAGCCAAGAAUGAUUUAUUACCAAGCACUCACCUAGUCGUUAAUGCUCCAGAGGGGUCCAAAUAUCAAGCUGCCAAAAAAUGGGGUAUACCAGCUGUUUCAAAACUAUGGAUUCUUGCAUGUGCAAAGUCGGGAAGAAAAGAAAAAGAAGAAAUAUUUCUAAUAGAUAACUUAGCAGAUGAUAAUGUAAAUAUCAGUUCUUUGACAGUGAAACCAUCUACUGAUAAAAAUAUAAACCAGUCUUUGCAAAAAGACAACCAGUCUAGAAAAUCAUUAAAAGAGAACCAGUCUGAGUCUUCCAAGUCCAGAAGAAGUGGAAAUCUGAAUGAAAAUGGUGCUAAUAUUAAUGAUAAUGAUAAAAAGAUUGCUCAAACUAAAUUUGAUGAAGCAGAAAAUGAUCUGAAUAGCCAAACCAAAAGACAAAAUGCAGGAAUUGAAACCAGUCAAAGAGACUUCUCCACUAUGGGAGAUACAGAAGCUAUUCUAGCAGGAUUAAAUACUCAAGGAGAACUGGACACAGUCUGUGAUAAAAGCAAAACCUUAAAUAUACAACCUGAUGUAACUGUCAGUACUGAAAAUAAUGUUUCAGACAGAGGUGAAAACAUUACUAUACAUACAGAAAAAAAUGUGUUAACUACUGAAAGAGAGGUUUUAGAAAUUGAAAAGGAAGAUAAUAUUAUUGAUGAACAUGAAGAUCAAGAUGCUGCUUCCGAUCAUGAUGAUGAUGAUGAUGAUGAUGAUGAAGUUGUAUUUGUAAAUAAAAACCUUGAAAGUGCUAAAAAUGAAACAAAGAAAGCAGAAACCCCACCUCUAACAAGAUUUAAGAGGAAGCUAGAGAAAAAUCCAGCUAGAAUAGGAACACCAGCAUUAACCAAAGAAAGUGCACGUGAUAAGUUGUUGGGUGGGGUGAAGUUGAAUACAGAAUAUAAUGUUUCCAUGGAUACACCACCUUUAACAAGAUUCAUGAGGAAGUUGGAAAAGGAGCCAGCAAAACUAGGAACUCCGUCACUGGCAGAGAUGAAUGCUAGGGAAAAACUGAUGGGAAAAGGUUAUCAGAGUGUUCGGACAAUCGAGAGAAAGAAGAAACAGGACGAGCAGAGCCAGAGCCAGAAAGAAAACAUGGAAACACCCGUACAGAGCAGAGUUAAGGAACUACAGAGCAAGGCGGGAGUUUCAGUAGACAAAGAUACACCAAGUAAAUUUCUGAACCCAAAUGUGAGAUACUUACCAAAAUUUGACACAGAGGAAUUACUGAAGUCUUUUGAAACCCCAGAAGCAGAGAGAGCUGCCAGAGGCAGGAAAAGAAAGGAUAGCCUUGAUGAUGACGAGCUACAUGAGCUUGCUGUGAGUAAAGCUACAAAAAAACUUGCAGAUUUGAGGGAAGCUCGACUUCAGGGAAACUUUCCAGCAUCACAGGCUGCUACUGAUGACCCCAGUGAGAUGCACGAGUUAAAUGAGGAACCUUCCACAGUACUUCGUGGAGUUGUCAUAAUUGUUGGAAAGAGAUUGACAAAGGACCAGGCAGAACUGCAUGAUCUUGUUGAGUUAUUGGGCGGCGACUAUCGGUGGAACUAUGAUAAAUCCUGCACGCAUUUCAUUUUUCAGGGACGUCAAAAUGAUACAGUUAAAGAAUUUAAACAUGCAAAGACAAUCGGUAUGAAGAUUGUAUCUCCACAUUGGCUCUAUAUGUGUAGAGAACAGAAUGCAAAAGUUGAUGAGAGUCUGUUUCCACACACAUUCAAUCCUAACUUAUCUCUGUCUGUCGUAUCAACACGAAGAACACCUUUGAGAACACCACGCAGCACUCGACGGUUAGCACGCCCCGGUAGUAAAGCAGAAAACCCACCUCCACCAGCUAUGCAGCCUAUAGUUAUACCAGGUGAAGAUGAAGAUGUUGGUAACAAAGGGUCUAAGGAGGACCAGCUGAUACACCAAAGCAAGUCCCAGAAAAAGAUUACUGAAGUAUGUUUUAGGUUAGAACAGGCAAAGCUAGCCCAUAAACUAGAACGUGCAAACAGUCCAACCCAGGAAGUUGGCGGCAUGUACGACCUUAACGCUGAAGAUGCUCAGUAUUCUGAAUCAGAAGGAGAGAUGGAAGUACCCAUACCACCAUUUGGAGAACAACAGCAGGUUCAAGAGAAGACCACACCAAAACCCAGUGGUAGCAGUAACAAUAAAACACCAACUCCAGAGGGACCAUCUAUAACAUUUCCAACCUCAAAUAAAUCAGGCAAGGUGACCCCACCAAAACCUGUUGAGGUGGAACAUGAACAGCAACAGCCAGAGGCUGUACAGAAAUCACCACCUGUGUUCAUAAUGUCAGGAAUGUCUGUGCCAGAGCGUGAUGAUUACGGAGCCCUAGUGGAGCAGCUGGGCGGCACAGUACUAGAUACCCAGAUGUAUGAUGAUAAAUGUACACAUCUUGUUAUCAAUAAAGUGACAAGGAAUGAGAAAUUCCUGGCUAGUUUAGCCUCAGGGAAGUGGGUGCUGCAUAAAUCCUACUUUGAAGCCUGUAGGCAGGAACAAAGAUUUGUAGAGGAGGAUUUCUAUGAAUGGGGUAGUGAGGGCACAUUGAGUCUUGUAAAGAAUAUGGAAUCUAAUGUGAGAUUGUUAGCAGCUGCUGCACGAGACUGGAGGAUGAAAAUUCAGGAAGAAAAACUGAAAUCUCCUACAAGUUAUGGUGCAUUCUGUUCAUGGCGUGUGUUGUUAAACUGUGAUAAAUCAAGAGAAAGUAACUACAGAAGACUUCUUGUAGCAGGGGGAGCAACUGUGAUGAAUAUGAAACCUCCGUAUUCUGGAAGGAUUGAUGCUACACAUGCUCUCUUAGAGUUACAUAAAGUUCCGUUACAACAAGAAGACAUUGAGAAGCUGAUCUCUAGUGACUGUUUGUGCUUGAAACCAGAAUAUAUCAGUGGAUUCCUUUGUAAUCCAAACGUUGAUGUUACCGAUUACACGCCACCGGAAAUAUCAGCGCUGCAGACAGUAAUGGUUGAAGAAAGUGAGAACACUGGAAAGAAGAGGAAGGCAUCAAGCAGUAACAUUUCACUGAAAAGGAGUAAAAGGAAAUAGUACAACACAGACAGGCAUUGUGGGACAUCAAAACUGAGAUAGAUGGAGAAAAAAGGGAGAUAACCAGGGAGUACUGCUAAUGAUCGUCUUCUACCUGUAAUAGUUGUAAUGGUGACCAGUUGUGACAGAUUCUUUACAUUGGUUACAGCUUAACUUACAGUAAAAUUUGAAAAUAGGCAAUAAAUCUUUUGUUCUUAUGUGGCCUAAAUCGGUUGUUAGACCUUUGGUAUUGGCAAGAUAUAAUAUUAAGAUAAAAAGGUGACAUGUUUAAAGGACUUCAAUAAGGAAUUUACAAAACAGUUGCAUUUGUUAGAAAUUGAAACAAAUUAUGCAAUAAUAUUAAAAAAUACUUGUAAUAAUAAUAAUAAUUCUUUCCCAAACUGUGAAAAAAAGAUGUCUUCCAAAAUUGAUAUAAAAUGAUAAUCAAUAUAAAUAUAAAAAAAAUCCAAGAAAGUAGAGUUUCUGAUAAGAAGGUGUUUGUAUACACACUGACUUAAUAUUUUUAUACCUUGGAGUUCAUGUAGUGUUUGAUUGAUCCAUUCAUCAAUCUUUCUUUUGUAACUCCAAAUGAAACUUUGUAUACAUAAUCAGUGUGAAGUGGAGGUGCUCAUUUUUGUGAACUUUUUGACUUUUCAGGGGAGAUGCAUUUCAUUGCUUUUGACUUUAUAUUUUAUUCUAUCCAGCAUUAUCAGGGAGCAAUGUAUGUAUCAUACUAUAUUAACAUCAUUCUAAAAAUGUUCUAAGUUCAUUGUACCACACUCUUUCAGACAUCUUCAGACUAAAAUGGAAAGGAAAGAAACAUUAAUAAGUUGGAUCCUAUGUUGCAUACUGCCAAUCCUAUAUUUCUAUUUUUUUAUUAGAGAUUUUUUCUAUAUAUUUAAGGACCUUAAGCUGAUAUAUUUCCUAUAAUUACAAAUCAGCAAAUCUUGUCAGUAUUUCCUUACUGUCUCAUGAUAAGAGAGGAAAGUUCUGUGACUCAAAAUUGUUGCCCAUGCUGCGCUUGUUUAUGUUUAACCUUUAGCCUGCUGGUGGCAAGUGGUUCUGCCUUUGUCACCAGUGCAGACCAAGAUCUGGUCUUCCAUGGUCUGCCCUGUUGGCUAUCCAGUCAAUAAAUUUUCGGUGAACACCCCUUUGAAUAAUGAAUGGUAUUUCCCAGAUUGAAUGAUGGACCUGUCCAUUUAAGAAAUUUAGCAGGAUAACGGUUAAGAUUGUAUUACUUUACCUCUGGAUAAUAGCAAACUUUUGAACCUUUGACAACUCUUGUUCAUAACAAUUCCUUUUUCUCCCUGUAUCUUUUGAAGACAAUUUUUGACAACCUUGCUUGUGUCUUAUUUAGUUGAAGUUUUUUUUAGGUUAUUUUGAUGUAAAAUUAAGUUUUAUUGAAUGUCUAUAAGUGGCUUCAGGCAAUUUAAGAUACAUGUUACACUAUGACCACUUAAAUAUUGCCAUGGUGUUUUUUUUUCACAGGGAAAUAACACUUCAAAGUGUUAAAAAGUUUUAUAUCACCUCAAGCAAAUUUUUGUGAUAGUUGUGGAUUUUAACUUUGAAUAAGGUGAUAUGUAUCUAUAUAAUAUUCUUUUUAAAAAAUUAUACUUUGGUCACACUUUAUAAGUAGAGGGAAGUAUUUAAUAACAGAAAUCUAAUUAUAGAUACAGUUAUAUAUGAGCAUGAAAACUUAUGACAGUAUUCCUUUUGCAUGAAAACUGGGAUUUCGUUCAGCUCUUUUGAGAUUAAGGUACAUAGGUGAUCUACUGUGAUCCUGCCAUGACUUCUGUUCCUUUUCAUUAGAUUAAAAUAUAGUGACCCCUGUGUUUAGUAUGGUCAGUUGUCUCUACCAUAUUGUAUAAAGUUACAUGAUAAGCUUUAAGAAAUAUCUUCUUUCAAGAAAGUUUAUGAGUUUUCCUUAAAUAAUUUUCUAUUCAGCACUAAAGCUUAUAAUUGUCUACCACGUUUGUUCAGUAGAAUUUUGAGCAGUCACAGAGGCCCAAAUUUAAACAAUAUAAAAGCAUGUGUUGCAGUAAAAAUAUUUUACUUCCAGCAUAAACUUAGGGUUGUGAGUGCCCCCUAUGGUGAGUGCUUCUGACCUUUUGUGCUUUUUGUUAAGGGAUGCAAACUUAUUUGGUUUUCUUUGGUUCCUAUUUUUAAAGUGCAAAUUAAAGUGAAGUCUGUAGACAGUUCAGUUAUUAUAAUAAACUUGUUUUUGCUCUUUUUGUGCCUUAUUAAGCAAUUGUUUUUUCCUGGAACUGUUUUAUUGCUAUGUUAAUUGUAAAAAUUAUGUAUGAUAUUUUAAUGUUAUGUACAAAAAUAAAAUCAUAUUCAAGUGCUAAA